UGAAAAGGUAAACUCAGCUUCACAGCUGCACUCAAGCUUACUAACGGCAGUCUCUCUAUACAAACGAUAGAACACCCGAACAAGGAUUUUAAGUGACGAAAACCCCGAAGUCCUCUUCUGACACAGCAAGUGGUCAAGUAAGGAGAGCGAGGACACUUGACACACACAGCAGCCUGUGGUCCUUCUGUCCACUGAGCAGUGUGUCCUGUCUCUUCACAACCAACAGCUUCAGCAGCAGCAGCCCUUCACACCAGGGCUUCCCUGAACUGCUGCUCAGUGGGAAGGAUGAACAAGCUUUCUCUUGGAGAUAAAACAGCUUCUAGCAGAUUGAACCACUGGGUGGAUCCAUCUUUCAAUGAUCUGCCAGCAGAAAGCUUUUCUCUGCCUGGAAGGAGUAAGGUUUCAUGCUCUAAGGCUGAACCCAAGAGGGGGAGGAAGAGGAAAGGAGAGGACAGCAGGGGGGACCCUGCAACACCUUACCUGCGGAAAGAGCCAGGCCAAAGGGACCAAGAUGAACCCUGGGUGAACAGAUACAUGCCUUGUUCACAGGCUGAGCUAGCUGUCCACAAGAAGAAGAUUGAGGAAGUCGAGAACUGGAUUAGAGGCCACACAAACUCGUCAAAGGGUGGUAUCUUACUGCUUACGGGACCAUCAGGCUGUGGAAAGACUACAACAGUCCAGGUUUUGUCUCAGGAGCUGGGCUUCAGGAUUCAGGAAUGGAUCAACCCCACCAACCUGGAGCCAUACAGCAGCAGUCAGGAUGAAUGGAGGAUGAAUGGAUUCUCCUGCAGCACCCAGUUAGCCCAGUUUCAGGAGUUCCUCCUCAGAGCCAACAAGUACUGCUGUCUGCGAAUGACGGAUGAUGAUGGAGCUACAGAAAGAAAGCUCAUAAUGGUAGAGGAUUUACCAAACCAGUUCUACAGGCAGCCUGGCAGCCUGCACGAUAACCUAAGGCACUUUGUGAAGACCAGUCGAAGUCCCCUGGUGUUCAUAGUGUCAGACAGUCUGAGUGGAGACCGCAGCUCACGCUUUCUUUUUCCCAGAGAGAUCCAGGAGGAACUGGGCAUCAGCACCAUCAGUUUUAAUCCAGUUGCUCCAACCAUGAUGAUUAAAGUCCUGACCCGCAUUUCAACCCUGGAAGCAGGAAAGAGCUGUGGAAGAAUGAGUGUACCAGAAAAAGGUGUGUUGGAGAUGCUGUGUAUGGGAAGCUCAGGAGAUAUUCGCAGUGCAAUCAACAGCCUACAGUUUUUUUCCCUCCCAGACACAUCCUUGGAAAAGGAACUUUGGAGAAUGAAAAAGGACAGACCUGUGAUUUCAGUGGGCAAAGUUGUUUCCAGAACAAACCAGAGGAAGAACAAAUCCAAACAUACAAAAGAGCAGGAAGAGGAACAGGAACAGGCUAUUGGAGUAAAAGAUGCUUCUCUGUUCCUGUUCAGAGCCCUGGGAAAGAUCCUCCACUGCAAACGGGGGAAUCAUGAAGCAGCUGAAGGUGUCCCUGCACCUGCCCUAUCAUCUCACCUGGCACAUCACGACAGAAAAACAUUAUUAGUAGAGCCUGAGUUUGUUGUUGAACGUUCACACAUGUCUGGAGAGUUCUUCAACUUGUACCUCCACCAGAACUACCUGGACUUCUUUUCUCAGGUGGAGGAUGUGGCCCGAGCCAGCGAGUAUCUAUCUGAUGCUGACCUCCUCACUUCUGAUUGGACGAGCCGAAGCACCAUGGAGGAUUAUGGGUCUUCAGUGGCGACAAGAGGUCUUCUUCACUCCAACUCUCAACAAGUUUCUGUUGGAUUUAGACCACUUCACAAACCCAGCUGGCUGCUAGUCAGCAAGAAGCACCGGGAGAACAGCCUGGCUGCUCAGUCCCUGUUCAGGAGCUUCUGUCUGACACCAGUCAGCCUGCAGACAGAGCUGCUGCCAUACCUGGCCAAACUCACUAGUCCUAUGAGGAACCAAGCUCAGAUAGCCUUUAUUCAGGACGUGGGUCAGAUGUCACUGAGGAGCUUCUCCAUCAGAUUAAAACUGGAGGCUCUGACAGAUAAAGAGCCGGGCCAGCUGUUAACAGAUGCGGAGGAGGAGCAGGAGGUAAAAGAGGAAGGCCGGGCUGGAGCUGAGGAAGGUUUGCCAACCAGUCAGCCUCAACCUACCACAAAUCAAGUUCUUUUGGAGGAGGAGGGCUUGAUCAUCGAGGAAUAUGACAGUGACUGACACAAACAGCUCCACCGUACACCCACUGUCAUACUGUGAUACACUCUCCCUUUUUUGAUUGUCCAGUUUGUAUUGUUUGGAGUUUUGUUAAGUUAAUGUGUCUGGAGGAAGUUAGGGCCAUGUGAAAUAGUACAAUAAGUUUUGAGGUUAAUUUUGAUAUGUGAAAAAACUGAGUUACUCUUCAAAGGUUGCUAUACUUACAAUAUUUUGACUGUAGUUUAGCCUUUUUCCACAAUUGUAUGAUUGAUCCCAGUAAAGUCUGAAUUUAAGGGGAUUUUGUGGCUUGUCACAGGCUCAUAUUGAAAGCAUAGAUAUUAAGUAUCAAAAUGUUCCAAAGAGACCCUUAACAGUUAAUUUCCAGCUACUGAAAAUGUGUCAGUAUUUAUUAUUUCCAAGUCUGCGUUCAGCAUGUGUUGUUUUUGUACAUUGCAUCGUUUUGUUUUGAUGAUUGAUUGUUAAGCCUGGAGUAUUCUGUCCAGGCUCAUACCCUAGCUGAAACUAAAAUCCUUGUUUCACUCUUUCUUGAUGGUGGAAAAUAAGAAAUAUUACAAUAAUGCUUAUUGAGGGAUACAUUGUUUGAAUCUAAAUAAGCCUGGGAAUAAAAACAAUGUUUGAAAAGCGAUCCUAUAUCUUGAAAACAAUUUUUUUUAUACUCUCCUUUCACACACCCUCUCAUUCAAUAUUUACACAGCAGUUUCACAUGAAGCUCCUUUGAAUAAUCCCU